UGUACUACAUCAUAGCUAACACAUGUAUAUGAGUUGUAUAGUAGGUGUAAUUAGGUGUAUGACAACUAAUAGAUUAGGUGAAUUAGUAUUAUAAAUAGGCCUUGUAAUCUUCUCUUCUAGAUAUGAAAUAUAGAACUUCUUUGGUUUCUAACACUCCUAUAUUAGAGUACUGUGAUAAAAUCUCAUUGCCAGCAAAAGUUUGCAAACUCUUACCAGUAUUAUCUAGAAGUUGAUUGCAGUUGCAAUUUAUUUGACUUGGAUUUGAUUCGUGCAGGAGACCAUGCCUCGGAGCAACAUCAUCAUCCUUACUAAUCCAUCAUCUAAACUUCCUGUGGAGAGAGAUAGACUGACCAUUCUACCCAUUCAAGGUGAUUAUUCACGAGAAAUGUUGAUGCUACAAAGAAUCAGGUCUUACAUUGUAAGAGAACAGUUCAUUAUUAUGAAGGGUCUUUCUAGAAACACGAGCUAUGGAGCAUUUAAAAUGGAAGGGGCAAGUGAAUCAUUACAUCUUUACCGACUCGGAUAUAGCAGUGGUUGAUGACUUGGGGCAGAUAUUUAAUGAUCACCUUGAUUUUCAUGUGGCUCUAACAUUCCGUAACAACAAAGAGCAACCUCUGAAUUCAGGAUUUAUAGCAGUGAGGGGCACUCCUGAGGGAAUUCUAAGAGCAAGGUUUUUCUUGGAAGAAGUACUAAAAGUCUACACGACAAAGUUCAUGAAAGCUUCCAGAAUGCUCGGGGAUCAAUUAGCUCUUGCCUGGGUUGUAAAAUCUCACUCUUCCUUUGAUGUUCAAAGGUUUACCAGAAAACAAGCAUUUACUGACCGAAUUAGUGGCGCUUCAGUGCUAUUCUUGCCGUGUUCCAUUUACAACUGGACACCACCAGAGGGCGCCGGUCAAUUUCGUGGGAUGCCCUUGGAUGUUAAGGUAGUGCAUUUUAAGGGAUCAAGAAAGAGACUUAUGCUGGAGUCUUGGAGCUUCUUAAAGUCAUCGUCAUUUUCAGAUAUUCCUGAUAUGUUAUGCCUAAUCCUGAGAAGUGGCAGGACGAAGUACGAUUUCUAGUUUAGAUUACCUUUGGUUAUACCAGUCAGAGGGAUCUAUCUUGAGUAACAAGGUCCACACAUGAAAGAAUGACCGGGCUGUUUGAGGUCAUUGGUAGUAAUGUACAGUCAACAUUCACCAAUCAUGCCAAAUGGAAACUGAGCCUAAGUCAAUGGUUCAAUAUUGCUGCUCAGUUUGUGACUUGCAGAGAUUCAGAUGACAGGUGGUUUCUAGCUGUAAUUUUUCUUAUUUUUUGUGUAAUAAUUAUAUGUAAGUUCUUGAAUGUCAAUAGUUCCAUUCUUUCUUCUCUAGAAAUUUCAACAGGAUCAGUAUUGAUAUUUCUAUAGGAACUUCACCACUGAAUGCUCCUUUUAUGCUAUGGAAAAGAUACCAGUAUUCCAUACAAGUUUUUCACUUGCAACUUCACAUU